AUGAUUCGCCGUCACGAACACAUCCCCGAGUCUGGUCCCGGUGUCGAACAACACUGGGGCUACUUCAGUCGCCAGUUGCCCUGUACCGAUGAUCCGGGGAAAUGCGCCUAUCUCGACACCGUCUACCACAGUCAUGACCUGUCCAUGCUCUACAGCGCGAUUCUCUGGGCGGUCAUUCUAGGGAUCGUGUUGCUGUGCUUUAUAGCGCGCUACUGCAACCCUGUCUCCCGCCAAAUAUCACACCAUGUCGACCACGAGAAACAACUCCCAACCCAAUCCACCCUCUACCGCAUCAAAUCCACCCUCAACGCCCUCUACCACCGCUAUCUCCUCCCCGAGUCAGCCCUACCGCGCAUCUUCGGCCCCACCACCCGCUUCAACGUCCUCCUCCUAACCAUCCUCAUCAUCUACCUCACAAUCUUCACCUUCGUCGGCAUCGUCUACCAAACAUGGACCUCCCCGACGGGCCCCAACCAACCAGACACAAUCCGCAUCGGCUUCGGCCCCUGGGCAGACCGCAUCGGCGUGCUCGCCUACGCCCUCACCCCUCUCUCUGUCCUCCUCUGCACGCGUGAAUCCAUCCUCUCCCUCCUCACGGGCAUCCCCUACCACCACUUCAACUUUCUCCACCGCUGGCUCGGUUGGAUUAUCUACAUCCAGUCGGUCCUGCAUACGCUGGGCUGGACCCUCGUCGAGGGCGAACUGUACCAGCCGCAGCCGACGACCUGGAACGAGUUCGUGCGCCAGCGCUACAUCAUCUGGGGUAUAGUCGCCAUGAUCUUUUUGUCCUUUAUGGUGUUCGGCAGUCUGCAGUGUGUUAUUCGCCGGACCGGGUAUGAGUUCUUUCGCAAGUCGCAUUAUGUGCUUGCUAUGCUGUAUGUGGGUGCCUGCUGGGGACAUUGGGAUAAGCUGGCUUGCUGGAUGAUUGCUUCGCUGGCUGUGUGGGGUACGGAUCGUGGGUUGAGGCUGCUCCGGACAAUAGUACUGCACUUGUCUUCCUCAUCCUCCACCUCUUCCUCCCCAUGGAGACUCCAGAUCCCCAACGCACAGCUCACCCUCUUCACCACAAGUACCGCAGAGCAACCAGCAAGCCACCACGAAAAAGAAGACGACAAAGAAAGAGGAGACCAACAAGAAUCAGUCGUCAGAAUCGACUUCCACCACCCCCACUCAGGCUGGGAAAUCGGCCAGCACUUCUACCUCUGCUUCCCCGACCUCUCCAUCUGGCAAUCUCACCCCAUGACGCCGGCUUCAGUGCCCGACACCGCAUCGGGUGUCGCAACUCAAUCACAUACGUAUCUCAUCCGUGCCAAAACGGGCAUCACCCGUGCCCUGGCAUCCAACCUCACCCCCAAGUCAGAGGCUAAUACAACACCCGUCAUCCUCUCCGGCCCCUACGGCCACGCCAUAACAGACGACGACCUCCACUGCACAGACGACAUCAACAUCUUCUGCGCGGCGGGCGGCACGGGUGUGACCUUUGUGCUGCCGCUGCUGCAAGCCAUCGUGUUGAACAGCUGGUUUCCGGCCCGGAAGAGCAUGGUUGAGUUUGUGUGGGUUGUGAGGCACCGUGCGGAUGUCAGGUGGAUUCAGGCGGAGCUGGAUGCUCUGCGCGCUGUUGCGGAGCGGUGUGCGCAUUUCCGCGUUAGGGUUUUUGUUACGAGGGAUGUGGAUGGUCUUUCUGGUUCUAGCUCUGACUCUGGCUUGGACUGCGAUGAUGGGAAUGGUGCUGGGUCUGGGUCUGGUUCGGAUGCGGACACUUCACCGUUACCGUUUGAAAUGCGCUGCUUAAGGCCGUCUCUGGCUGAACCACCCGUACACCCUGACCUGGCGCACUACAUGCAAGACUUCGUGGAAAGAACGCCGUGCGGCCCUACCCGUGUGUUCGCCAGCGGGCCAGCGGGACUGGUCUCUUCGUUGAGAGGGGCGGUCGCGCGGUGUAAUGAUGUGGGGAAAGUAUGGCACGGCCAGGAAAGGUAUAGUGUGCAGCUUGUGCAUGAUGAUCGGUUGGAGUGGUAG